UGCACACAGCUCCGGGUACCUGCCCUUCCCGAGCCGGCGUCGGCGUCCGAGUGCGCAGGCGCGGCCUUCGGGUUUCCCCGGCUACAGUCGGCGCUUCGGCCCGCUAGUCCGCCGCGGGCUCUUCCGCCGCCCUGCGCCAUGGCGGGCUGCGCGGCGCGGGUUCCGCCGGGCUCCGAGGCGCGCCUCAGCCUCGCUACCUUCCUGCUGGGCGCCUCGGUGCUCGCUCUGCCGCUGCUCACGCGCGCCGGCCUGCAGGGCCGUACCGGACUGGCGCUCUACGUGGCCGGGCUCAACGCGCUACUGCUGCUGCUCUACCGGCCGCCGCGCUACCAGAUAGCCAUCCGGGCUUGUUUCCUUGGCUUUGUGUUUGGCUGUGGUGUGCUGCUAAGUUUCAGCCAGUCCUCUUGGAAUCACUUUGGCUGGUACGUGUGCUCGCUGUCAUUAUUCCACUAUUCUGAGUACUUAGUGACAGCUGUCAAUAAUCCCAAAAGUCUGUCCUUGGAUUCCUUCCUCCUGAAUCACAGUCUGGAGUACACAGUGGCUGCUCUUUCUUCUUGGAUAGAGUUCACACUUGAAAACAUCUUCUGGCCAGAACUGAAGCAGAUCAGUUGGCUCAGUACCACUGGGCUGCUGAUGGUGGUCUUCGGAGAGUGCCUGAGGAAAGCCGCCAUGUUUACGGCUGGCUCCAAUUUCAACCACGUGGUGCAGAGUGAAAAGUCAGACACCCACACUCUGGUGACAAGCGGGGUGUAUGCCUGGUUCCGGCAUCCCUCCUAUGUGGGGUGGUUUUACUGGAGUAUCGGAACCCAGGUGAUGCUGUGUAACCCCAUCUGCGGUGUUGUCUACGCCCUGACAGUGUGGCGCUUCUUUCGUGAUCGCACAGAAGAGGAAGAGAUCUCGCUGAUUCACUUUUUUGGGGAGGAAUACUUGGAAUAUAAGAAGAGAGUGCCCACGGGCCUGCCUUUCAUAAAGGGGGUCAAGGUGGAACUAUGACGGGCAGGUGCCUGUGGGGCCAGGGGAUCUCUGGCCCUGCGCAGCCUAGGACAAAACUACUUCGAGUUGGCCACUGCAGAAUGAGUUUCUUAAUCAUUUUAUACGUCACUAAUUACUCCUCAGAAUGUCACUCAAAACCUAAUGGUCAGAAGGCCUUAGGACCAAAGGACCCACUGCAGCAUUCUCUUCCUGUGUGGGAUGAAGGUAGAACAUGGAUAAACAGCGAACAAGGAGCAUGUCACAACGGUUCAUCAGUGCCCUUUCUACAGUGGUGGGGUGAGGACCCACGCCACAGUCUCGUGCCCCCUCAGGUCAGAGUGUAUUUGCACAGUGACCAGGAUACUCAGGAGAGGACACUGCCCUCUGAAGCACUUAUGCUAGAAUAUGUAGUCAGAGUUGCCACACAACAGCAUUCAAAAUGCAUCAAAAAACCUUUAACCGAAAACAGCAUAGCUUUAACUUC